GAGGAUCCAUGCUAUACACACACCUCAGACUUAAGUAACCAAAAUUGAUGAUGAUGAUGAUGAUUCUCUGGAUUGCAGCGAUGCUUUUUAAUAAAAUCGACUCUGUACAGACGUCUGAUGUCCAUCAGCCGAACCCACUGAUCACGGCUGAUGUUGGUGAUAACGUGAUUCUGCACUGCUUUAGACUGAAAGAGGAAACUGCUGGAGCCAUCGUUUGGUACAAGCAGAAAUUAGGACACGAGCUUCGUGUAAUGGUCACAGUUCAACAGGAACUCAAUUACGAAGAUGAGUUCAAAUCACCAAGAUUCAGCAUCGAGAAAGAAAAAGGGAGCUGCCAUUUAAAAAUUGCUCAUGUGGAGCCAUCGGACGAAGCCAUGUAUUACUGUGGAUUUAGAAAAUUUUUAACAACUUUUGGAAAAGGAAGCUUUUUAUCUGUGAAAGGUAAACCAGAUUUAAGUGUCUCCGUGUUCCAGAGCGGCGGGUUGGACUCGGUUCCUGCAGGAGCGUCAGUGACUCUGCAGUGCUCGGUUCUCUCUGAGAGCAGAGCAGCAGAACUCCAAGUGCUCUGGUUCAGAGCUGCUCCACCACAAUCCCAUCCUCAAAUCAUUUACACUCAUCACAACAGCAGCCAUCAGUGUGAGAGCGGCUCUUCUACACACACCUGUGUGUACAACUUCUCCAAGAACAUCCUCAGCCUCAAUGAUACUGGGACUUACUACUGCGCUGUGGCCGCGUGUGGGAGGAUCAUUUUUGGGAACGGGACACGAGUACAACUGGGGUCAACAGGCAAAGAGCCCGAGGUUGCUGACCUGGCCUACAAACUCCCCAUCCAAUUAAGCACCCGAGGGAACCCUGAGACAGGUCCUUUCCAUAGAGACCCACCUCCACAACUGACCCACCCAAAUGCCACCAAUGCCCUAAUGCCAGACACCACAGCAUACUCCAGAGAUGGCCAGUCCGCCACUGUCGCCUUGGGAAACCUGGAGCCUAUCCCCGAACAUGAGGCAUGA